AUGGAAAUAAAAAAGGAUUUUGCUCUAUAAAGAGUUGAUAAAUCUUGUUUACUGUAGAAAGCAUCUCAAAUAUUGAAACAGCCUUCAGCGAAGAGUAGGAUAAAUGGUAGAAAUCCUUGGCCUUGGUUUUGGGGCUUGUCGACGUCUCAUUCAAGGACCAAAACAGCAUGACCAAGCAGACAACCUGUUUUGUGCCUUCUUCCUUGAGUUGGAGCUAUCAAACGUCGUCUAUAAAAACAUGGCGUACUUCUUCUUUUGUAAAGGUUGUAUAUGGACGACCUAUACAGGGCUAUUACAGAACGAGUCGAGCUUUUACAAAGAUGGUUUCCAAUUUAGGUGAAACAGUAGAGCAUCAAGGAAGCUCAAAGUUGCCAUCCGUCGUUUCUUUUGAACGAUUUUCAGAAAACGGUCACAAGGAAAAUGGUAAAAGUGAAGAUUCGGUACCAGAACUUGCCUCUAAUAAGGUUUGUUCGAAAAACAUGAGUGUUCUGUCGAGCAAGUCAAGUUCUAAACAGUCGAAUGAUGUCAGAAACAAGGAUGACUCGAGUUACCUUUCAGAUGGUUGGUGUUUUGGUAAGGACAGUGUAGUUGCAGCCAUAGAAGCAUUGCGAAGAGGCGAGUUUAUACUAGUGACGGACGACGAGAAUCGAGAGAACGAGGGAGAUUUGAUAAUGGCUGCAGAAAAGGUAACCAGUGAAUCCAUUGCCUUCAUGGUUCGGCAUACAAGCGGAGUACUUUGUGUUUCUUUGGAACCUAGUCGAGUUGAACAGCUUGAUUUACAGCCUAUGGUUCCUUUGAAUACUGACCCCAAAGGAACAGCAUUUACUGUAUCGGUCGAUUACAAGCAUGGCACUAGUACUGGUAUAUCUGCUGUAGAUAGAGCGAAGACUAUUCGAGCUCUUGCCAAUCCCAGCGUGAAUGGCAAGGAUUUUCAACGACCUGGUCAUGUCUUUCCACUAAGAUACAAGGAAGGUGGUGUUCUAAAGAGAGCUGGUCAUACGGAGGCUGCUGUUGAUUUUGCUCGGAUUGCUGGACUUUAUCCUGCUGGAGUACUGGCAGAAGUUGUGAAUGAUAAGGAUGGCUCUAUGGCUAGAUUGCCUGAUCUUCUGGAGUUUUGUAAAGAGCAUAAUAUUGUUUUAACUUCCAUUGCGGAUCUGAUUAGGUGGAGAAGAGAGACUGAGAAGCUUGUUUUUAGAAUAGGAGAGACCCCUGCAAAGCUUCCUACUGUCUAUGGAGUUUUUGAUACUUACUGUUUUAGAUCUGUAUUGGACGAUGUAGAGCACAUUGCUUUGGUCAUGGGUGGUCCAUUUCAUAGUGAUAGUAUUACCAACGAAAGUUCCCUAAAAGGCCAAGUUCCAGUUCUUGUCCGAGUUCAUUCUGAAUGUUGCACAGGAGACGUUUUUGGUUCACUUCGAUGUGACUGUGGAGUUCAACUACAAGCAGCUAUGAAGGCAGUGGCAGAAGAAGGCAGAGGAGUUAUUCUUUAUUUAAGAGGCCAGGAAGGUCGUGGAAUAGGACUAGGUCACAAACUUCGAGCGUAUGUCUUGCAGGAUCGAGGCCGAGAUACCGUUGAUGCCAACAAGGACUUGGGUUUUCCUGUUGAUUCUAGAGAAUAUGGAAUUGGUGCUCAAAUAUUAGUGGACUUGGGUGUAAGGAAUAUACGUCUUAUGACAAAUAACCCUGCCAAAUAUACUGGUUUACGAGGCUAUGGCAUACAGAUAUCUGAACGUGUUCCAAUAGUCACCAAGGCUACUGAGGAAAACAAAGCAUAUUUAAGAGCCAAGAAACUAAGGAUGGGUCAUUGGAUACCAGAUGGUUUUGAUUAGUUGCAAGAAAUAAUUGUAUAGUUUUAUUAGAACAUUGAGAGAUAUUUUGGUAAAGAUCCAUUUUU